UCUUAUCAGUAAUAAAAUCUUACCGCUGAUAGCAAUUUUCGCACGUGCCCAAAUAUAUUACACAUUCGCGAGGUUAUGAAUAUUUUAAUAAAAUCACAUAUAUAACAAAGUCAUCAAAAAUGCAAUAUGAACUUCAAUUUAAUCUGCAAUACAUAGCAUUAUUAAGGGUUGCGAUCUUAUUUUGGCAGAAAAAACAAGUUGCAAAUGAAGUUGUAGAGUUUUUUAAAAUUUGUGACACGUUCAAUUCAGAUCAUGACGUUCGAAGAGAAUGGGGUGAAGUAGUUAAGAUGUUAAUGGAUGAAUGGAAUAAAGAUCUAUUACCAAAGAAUGUAGAAAUUGAUCUGAUGCAUAUUAUAAAGAUGUUAGGAGAAACAAUAUUAAAUUGGUAUCAAUGUAUCAAGUAUCAAUACGGACUACGAGACCAAGCAGUCAAUUGUAUUAAUCAAAUAUGUUGGACACCCUACGGAACUGUGGAUCCAGUUGAAACAUUUAAAUCAUAUUGGUUGAACAAUCCAAAAAUUAAUGUCAUUCAACUCUACGAUUUUGCAUGCAAUUUUGGAGUAAGAGAUUGCAUUGAACAUUUGUGGAAUAAACUACCGAUUGGGAUACAUAAGACAGUGGUGUCAUUUAUGAGAAUUUGGAUCAACAUAUUACAGCAUAUUGGCAUAGUUACGUACGUAAUUUGGAUAGAGAAGAUAUACACGAGUUUAAUCUGAUAUACAAUCCAAAUCGAUCAACAGAGGAGAACAACUUACGAUUAUCAAUAUACCAAGGGAGUUACCUUGUUGCGAAAUAUUUCUGGGAAAAACUUACGACUAAAGAAAGAUAUGAAAGUGUGUUACAAUGUGCUCGUAUUGCUGUAUUACGAAAUCAUUUUUAUUGUUAUGAAAAUAGUUGUCAAAAUAUAAAAAAUUACAAAUCAACCCAGUAUGUAGAAAUAUGCAUACUUCUACUAAAUCAGAUGACUGAAGAUCAAAAGAGGAAAUUUUUUAACGAACGUAUACAAAGAGAUGCAUUGGAAGUCGACCAUUUCAACUUUCUUGAUACCAAAGAUGAGAUUUUAUUUAUGCUGUUGUCUACAUGGCCAUGGCAGAAACUUUUUAUACCCGUUGUUAAAGAUAUAAUACAAUAUCAUGAUGAUAAUAGUGAUAUGCAAUGUGAGUUCUUGGAUGCAAUUACAGAUAGAAUGCUUGAAGAUCACUACUUGGGUUAUCCCCUAAAUAUGAGCAAAUAUCGAGAUUUACUGCAUGAAGUCUGGUUGAUGAUUCCAGAAUCUGUUAAAAGGACGAUGGAACCUGUAACCUUUGGUUAUGAUUUUGUUAGUAAUUUAAUAAAUAUGUGGGAUUUAAAUAGCCUUAAAUUAAUACUCAAUGAUCCAGCUACUGCAGUUUGCAGAAAUGAGUUGAUAGAACUCGGAAUGCAUUCAUAUGAUGAAUUAAUAAUGAAAAAUCAAUUCGAACAAUUAGAUGAGUUUGCAGAUGAAAUGUUUCAAACUGAAGAAGAAAAGCAAAUAUUUAAGAAAAAAAGAGACGCUCUGAUGAAACUUAUUAGUACAGGUCAAUUUGAUUUGAUUGAUAAAUUUCUAGACUGGCAAGGUAGCACACUCGAAGAAAAGCAAUUGGAAAUUCGACACCGAUGAGGAAAAAAAAAAAUGCAAGGAUUAUUUUAAAAAUCUCAAAUUUCCAAUUAGCCAAAUGUAUAGAAUACGGCACAAAUGGGCACAAGACAUAGUUCGAAUGAAGUAUGAAUGUUCCAAAUUUUUAUACUGGUUAUGGGAGUCAGAGGAGGAGGUAGAAAAAUUUAAGCAAGCAAUAAUAUUCAACUUGGGGUGUAAUGAAUUAUUUAUAAGUGCUCUCCUGGAUUUGCGAAAUGAUGAUGUAAUAGAUAAUUGUAUAUCUUGAUGUCUGUUAGAUGAUGAACACUUCCUGUGAUUUCAUCGAAUAAAACAAACUGAGCCGCAGUCAAAUUGAUUAUUAUACUGAAAUUCAAUUAACGAUUAUUGUAAUAUGCGAUAUAAUUUCAUUUUUUGGUUAUUAUAAUCAUUCAAAUAAUUUUUUUCAUAGUUAUGGUGACGAUAAUUAUCUUAUUGAUUUUUAUUUACACAGUAUUAUAAAAAACCAAUAUCAUGAAGCUUAACAAGUUCUUUCAUAAAAAAAAACAUUAUUUCAUGUUUUUAUAAAUAUAUUUUGCAUCAAUGAUAAUGUAUUCAAUAGUAAUUUUCUCAACUGGUCUUAAAAAUUUGAUAAAGAUGUCUAAAGUGAAUGUGUUAAAAGACAAUACUCUUGAUGUAAGUUUAGAGCUCCAAUACAAAACUUGAAAGAUUAAAUGGCUAAAGAGUAAAGAAAUCUGUUGAUAGAAAUACCUAUGCGUUUGUUUUAAUGUCGGAAAUAUAUUUUGGCGCAAAUAUGAUUUACUUAUGCAAGAAAGAAUGCUAUGUAU